AUGUUGAUUAAGGACUCCCCAGAAAACUAUGUCACUUGUGAGGUAUAUGAAGAUGCUAAAGAGUUGUCUGGGGAAGAAGAGCAGAGCAGAUCUUUGGAUUCAUCCAGAUCUGAUGAAGAAAACAAACAUUAUUCUCACAACAAAGAUGAUGGAAAAUCCAAGCUGAGCAGGAGACAAUUGUGUGAUUUAAGAAUCGUUCUUCUUGGAAAAAGUGCAUCGGAAAACAGCCGAGUCAGAAAUUUGAUCCUGGGAACAGAUCCAUGUGAAAAUGAAGAUCCGGCAGCUUGUCUGAGGCACAAUGUGACGCAGAUUGCUGGAACAGUGAAGGACAGACACGUGACGGUCAUUAACACUCUUCAUCUGCUGAAUCCAGACACUACAGAUCAUCAGAUCACACAGACAGUCAAAGAGUGUGUAGAAAUGUCUGAUCCAGGACCUCAUGCGUUUAUACUGGUACUACAGUACAAAGACUUCACAGAGGACGACAUGAGAAGAGUCAAAUAUGUGCUCAACACAUUCAGUGAAGAUGCACUUAAACACACUAUUGCUCUCACCACUGACAAAGAGACGCCCAGAUCAAUGUUUAGUGCUUUUAAACUGACUGGAGGCUCUGCUGCGGUGCAAACUAUUCAUCAGCUAAUUAAGGAGUGUGGAGGAGGACAUCUGCAGCUGGAUGAGAGAAAUAAAGCAGAUAUAAUUCAGCUGAUUGAUAAGAUUCUCCAGGAAAACCAGGAAGCGUAUCUCACAUGUGACACAUUCAGUGAGGUUAUAGGAACUUCUGUGGAUGAAGAGCCAGUAAGUUUGGAGGAUAAAAACGAGAAAAGCCCUCGCCACAGUGAUGAUGGAAAACCCAAAGAGGCACAGAAACUGAGAAGUAAAGAAGGAAGACUCUCUUUGUCUGCAAACCUCACUGGGAGACAGAAGCUGAAUCUGGUGCUCUGUGGAAGUAAUGGAUCACUUAAAGUCUCUGUGUCUAAACUUUUACGUGGAAAAAAGUUCAAAUCAACAAGUAGGCAGGCAAGUAGUGAAAUUUGUGUGAGGAAAGAGAAGAUUCACGGUCGUCAGGUCAGUCUGCUGGAGCUUCCAGCUCUCAGUCGUCUCUCAGAAGAUGAAGUGAUGCGUCAGACUCUCCACUGCGUCUCUCUCUGUGAUUCUGAAGUUCAUGCUUUCCUCCUCAUUAUUCCUGCUGGUCCUCUGACUGAUGAAGAAAAAGCAGAAAUAGAGACAAUUAGAAGAACAUUUGACUCUUGUGAGCAAUUCAUACUACUGUUCAUGACAAAACAGACUGUUGAAGGACCCGUGACAGAUUUUGUUAAAUUCCACGAAGAUUCUAAAAGAUUGUGCAGUCAGUAUGGUGGCAGAUACAAAGUGAUGGGGUUAAAGGAACAUAAGAAUUCAAAACAGAUCCUGGAGCUGUUUAGUUACAUUGAGAACUUGAACACUAAGCCAUAUUCACUUCAGAUGUACAUGACAGCUCAACAGAACAGACUUAGAGGUGAACUGGAAGAAAAAAUAAGCGAAAUGGAAAAGAAAAUCAAAGACUUGCAGCAGAAGAAUGAAGGUUCUGAACAUGAAACCGACAAUCAUGAAUGUCUGAGGAUUGUAGUAAUUGGGAGAACUGGAAGUGGAAAGAGUGCAACAGGAAACACUAUUCUUGGAAGAGAGGAGUUUUGCAGCCAAUUAAGGGCAGAUUCAGUGACGAAUGUCUGUGAGAAAGGAGUUGGAGAAGUUGAUGGUCAAUCUGUAGCUGUUAUUGAUACUCCAGGACUCUUCGACACGACACUAACAAAGAAACAAGUGGUGGAAGAAAUAGUGAAGUGUGUUUCACUGUCAGCUCCUGGACCUCAUGUGUUUGUCAUUGUGGUGAGUUUGGGAAGAUUCACCAAAGAGGAGGCAGACACUAUUGAUCUGAUCAAGAAGAUAUUUGGUCAAAAAGCUGCUCAGUUCAGCAUGGUUCUGUUCACCAGAGCAGACGAACUCAAAGAUCAAUCUAUAGAGGAUUAUGUGAAGAGAAGCAAAUCUGCAGAACUCCAGAAACUGAUCAGAGAUUGUGGAAACAGAUUCCUGGCUUUCAAUAACAGAGAAAAACAAGACAAAACUCAAGUGAUGAAGCUGUUAAAGAUGAUAGAACAGGUGAACACUAAUAAUCAGGGUGGAUACUUUACUAACAGCAUGUUUGAGGAGGCAGAGAUGUACAUUAAGAAGAAGAUGGAGGAGGAAAUAAAAAAGAAAGAAAAAGAGAUUCAGGCUCAAAUUGAGACAUUAAAGGCCAAAUAUGAAAUUGAAAUGAACAAUGUAAUGAAGAGACUCGAGGAAGAGAAACAAAGAGCAGAAGAGGAGAAAUUGAAAAUCGAGAGCAAAUUCAGAGAAAAGGAGGAAAAAUUAAAGAAAGAGUUUGAAGAGAAGGAGAAAGCAGAUCAGAUCAAGCAAGAGAUUCAACACCAGAAACGAUUAGAAGAGGAAAAACAGCAGAGAGCUGAAUAUCAUCAGAGAAUAGAAGAAAUGAUGAGAGAGAUAGAAAACCAGAGAUCACAAUAUGAACAACAGCAGAAAGAAAGAGAAGAAGAAGACAGAAAGAGAGAAGAGAAAUACAGACAAGACCAAGAAAAGAUGAGAAAUGAUCAAGAGAGAAUUAUAGCAGAGGUACAGAGAAAACAAGAGGAGGAAACAAAGAAGAAAGAAUAUGAUAAUCAAAAGAGGAACCAGGAAGAAGAGGAGGAAAGACAGAGAUGGGAAAGAAGAAUAAAAGAAGCUGAAAAUGACAGAAAAGAGAUUCUAGAGGAAAUUAAACGACAGCAGAGAGAAUGGGAGGAUGAGAUGAAGCGAAGGUUGAGAGAACGAGAGGAAGAAGAAAGAAAAAGAAAAGAAAAACACGAAGAACAACUGAGAGAAAAACAAGAAGAACUGGAGAAAAUGAGAAAGAGAUUUGAAGGAGAAAGAGAAGAAGAA